AUGGCUGCAACCCACGUCAUCCGCCCCGAGAUCGAGGACGACUGGCAGGACCUGGACAGCAACCUGUCAGUCCGAUCGCUGCCCGCCUCCGACGACGAGUUCAGUGAAGAUGAAGCGAGCGUCGUGAAAGUCGGCUCCCGAGCACCCCCGCCCACAGCAGCAGAUACACCAACCGCAUCGUCACUUCAUCCAGAUGCAGUCGUCCCCGCAAAGUCGAAUGCGACCGUUGCUGCUACCCACAGCGCUAACGACACCUCCGUAAUCGACCUGCCGCUUCGACCCGCCACCCUCGGCCUAGGCACUUCCCCAUUGCCAACGAGCCAAUACCCGCUCUCUCUGUCUCAAGACAGUGAUGUUUUUGGGACAAGAGAGGAACCAGCAGGCCCCGACGGCCAAGGAGAUGCCCGAUCCGAAACCUCCGACGGCACGGUUCGAGAUCCAUCCGAAAACCCUGUCGAGCAUCACGCGGUCCUCGAAUCCCUGGCCCUGCUCGUCAAAGAGCUAAGGGAGGAGUUGCAGCAGACCAUCGCCGACCUUCCCUCGUUCAACGUCCCGAUAGUGUGUAAAAUCCAGGACGCAUUGCACGUCCUCUCCGAUCACUUCAACGACUUGGAACCCAUCCUCGCCGCGUACUCCAAACACUGGACGAGGCAUGGCCAGGCCCUGGCUGCAGAUCAGAUUCCUUUGCACACCGGGCUGAUGAGUUGGAUGGAUACCCUCGAGCCUUGCAUGAUUGAUCUUCAAAGCGAGGUGCGAGCGCAGGCCGAGCUUGCUCAUGCCAGUUCAGAGAAUAAUACUACCACACCAGCUGUCGCCGCCGCAUUCGUUGACUACCUAGUUGAACUUGAGGACCUCUCUGAAACCUUGACUGAAUUUCUCCCCAUUAUGAAACUUGAUUUCUCCGAGUUCCAGACCAAGUUCAUGAUCUUCCCCGAGUGCGAUUCUGAGUCGACUGAUGCCGAGAGUCAUCGUCAGGGUCCUCGCCCGGAGAUAAUUAACAUCCGCCGAGAACUCUACGCUCUCAAGGACCAGCUCCAGGCCACGUCUACCCUCGUCAAUCCCAUCUUUGACGGCAACCUCGACUGCUUCAAGAGCAAAAAUGGAAAUGACGCUCUCAGGGCCAUGGAGAUCCUCGAUACUCUGAGCGCCGUCAUCUCGACCAGCCUGACCAACACCGGCUCGGACUGGAUCGAAUCAUCCAUGAGUCCCAAUGCGCAGGAUGCUCAGAUUUCCUACCCAGCGUUCGCCUCCCUCAGCCCGGACGUACUCCAUGAUGUUGCUAGCCACUUGGUCCAGUUCCGGGAGGAGCUCGACUAUGACGAUGAUCCCGAGAUUGAGCGCGAGUUCGGCAAGGACGCGAUCCUCAAGCAUCAGAUUUUUAAGCUUGCCGAGGAUGGAGUGCUGACGACAUUGCUUGCCACGCUGGACUUUCUCCAGUGUCUGCUGAUGGGAGAAUCAUUGGAUUGA